CAGAUGAAUACAUAAUAUCAGUGUUUAAGAUCAGAGAAUCAUGACCAAAAAGCUGACAGAAGAUCAUGCAGAAACUUCCAUUGCAUCAUCCGCUCAAGACAGGCUACAAAGCCAGAAGGAUUCUGAUGCCGAGAAAACCAUGGCUGAUGACUGUUCAAGUGCAAACCAGGCUGAUAAAGCUGUCCCUGAAGAAUGCAGCUCGGAUAGUGCUGAUAUGCCAAAGGGAAGGCCUAUGUCUCCAGGAACUUUGGCCUUGAUGUGUGAUGAACAAGAUACAAUGUUCAUGGCCACUGCUUCUCCUAACAGGAUCAUGGGCCAAGGAUGCAGCACAUCUUCACAAUUGCCUUACGGACAGGGCAUGACCGAGAUUUACGCAGAGCAGGAAAGAAUUGUUUUGACAAAGUUCAGAGAUUGUCUCAAUAGGCUUAUCACUUUCGGAGAGAUAAAGGAAACACAAUGCUCGUCAUUAGCAAGAACAGAGACAGGUAGUCAAAGAGGACCCCCUAGCAAUGGCACUGAAAUGGCCAGCACUGAGACGGGGAACCAACAAGGAUCCGUUACCAAUGGAGCUGCAAAAAAUGUCAGUCCACCCACAGUCAAGACAUCUCAGAUGACUGCCGUGGUGGUCACCACUGGUGAUAAUGACAUUCCUAGAGGUCCAUACCAUCCUGAAAACGGGGAUGCUAAAUCAAAAACCGAAAAAACAGAUGUAAAGAUUUUAAAUGCUGACAAUCAGUCCAAGGUAUGAUACCACUAUUCCGACCAACCAUUCACUCCCCACCUUCGGCUUUGAUUCAAUAUCAAAGUGAUUGUGGGCAUCAUUCUUGACACUGACCGGUGCUCGAAUUAAAUUCUCUCAUGUUUGAAU